AUGCACAAUGCCCCGUGCCUUGUUAAAACCAUGAGAACACUUUUGAAGAUGUAUCCACGUUCAGGGAAGUCCAUCGUGUUCGACAACUUUCCAGACCCCUCGGACACGUGGGAAAUCAUCGAGACCAUCGGGAAAGGCACCUACGGAAAAGUCUACAAGGUGUUCAACAAGAAGGAUGGAAGCAAAGCAGCUGUCAAAAUACUGGACCCCAUUCAUGACAUCGAUGAGGAGAUUGAGGCAGAAUACAACAUCCUCAAAGCGCUCUCGGACCACAACAACGUCGUCAAAUUCUUCGGCAUGUUCUACAAGAAGGACGUGAAGUGUGGGGACCAGCUGUGGCUCGUGUUGGAGGUACUUUCUCUCACAUUCUUCCACAUAUUUACGGCCACAUCCCUCACUAUUGCUUAUGGACGAUCUCAGUGUAAGUCUCCAACCGGUAGCUCACCAGUCCCCGUCCAAGUAGCUCUCCAAAGGGCAGAUUAA